AUGAACAUACCUCACAAGUUGAGGUUGAAUGUGAUAUCUGAGGACCUUGAGUCCUUGACUUGGACUGCGCAAGUCAGAACAAGCACAAGCCCACACAUAAGUGUGGCACAUUUGCUUCAAUGCUACUCUCUGAUCUUGAAAUUCAAUGUAGCCCCCUUAGAUGAGCUUGCGCCUCAUAUACUGCACUAUUGGAAGACAUGUCUCAACAACAAAGAGAUCAUACAGGCUUUGCAAAAACAUUUCAAUACAGAACACUACGGUAUUGGACUGACAAAGUUUCAUCAAAUUCAUGUGGACAUGGGCCUUGAACGCUCGCGUCAGCAGGGUCACACUAUAGAGACCAUUCAUGAAGCUGUCACAGAACUUCGCCAGAUGUUCCCUCAUGCUGGAACACAAGAGAUGAUUAGUCUGCUCUUUCAUGAAAAGAAUAUGAGCAUAGCUAAGUGA